AUGCAACGGGCAGCAUCCAAGCGCCAGAUCGCCGUUCUCACCAUACUGUCUCUCGCUCUUCUCGUAUGGUUCAUACCCGCGCCGGCAACAUGGGCCCAGAAACGCAUACCUACGGAUCGCCGCCUCACAAUCCUCCGCCCCGCCGACCUUCCCACGGACACAGCCGCACCUGAUCCCGUACGAUGGUUGGAGGAGAAUGGGAACAACAGGCAUGCCGUGGGCUCUCGGGGGUACUUCUCUUCGGUAGGAGACCGGAGCAGACCACGCGCAGCGUUGAUAAGUUUGGUGCGCAACUCGGAGCUCGAGGGCAUUGUGCAGAGCAUGCGCCAGCUCGAGUAUCACUGGAACCACAAGUACAACUACCCAUGGAUCUUUUUCAAUGACGAGCCGUUCAGUGAUGAGUUCAAGCAAGCGACGCAAAACCUCACCUCCGCACGCUGCUACUACGAAGUUGUUCCCAAAGAGCACUGGUCAAUGCCCUCCUGGAUCGACGAAGGCCGCUUCAUGAACAGCCUGGAGUAUCUCGGCGCCAUUGGCGUCGGCAAAGGCUGGAUGAUCAGCUAUCGCCACAUGUGUCGUUGGAACUCUGGUUUCUUCUACCAUCAGAAUCGGUUGCUCGAGUUCGAUUUCUACUGGAGAGUGGAGCCGGACGUGCAUUUCUACUGCGACAUCGACUACGACGUCUUCCGGUUCAUGAGCGACAACAAGAUGAAGUAUGGGUUUAACAUGAACAUCCUGGAUGAUGCACGCUCGUUCCCGUCGCUGUGGUCACGCACGAGGGCAUUCAUCAAUAAGUAUCCUGAGCUGCUGCAUCCGGAGUCGGACCUGGACUGGCUGCUUGACGCUCAGAACUCAGGUGACUACAACAAUUGUCAGUUCUUCUCCAACUUCGAGAUUGGUGAUCUACGAUUCUUCAGGGGCGAGCAGAACGAGAAGUAUUUCGACUGGCUCGACAAAAGCGGCGGUUUCUACUAUGAACGGUUCGGAGAUGCGCCGAUCCAUACGCUGGCAGUGGCAAUGUUCGUACCCAAAAGAGAGAUAUGGUUCUUCAGAGACAUAGGAUAUCAGCACGACAUCAAUCGCCAUUGUCCACCAUACUCGUCUGGCAGAUGCAGCUGUGAUCCGACAUCCAUUGACGAGAACUUCUACAAGCUCGUACCAUUCGAGUCCCCACAGAAGAAGCCGGCCGAUACAUGCAUCAGGCAGUUCCUGGGCGGCGACUGGCUGAACAAACAACCAGGCUGGAGCCAGUCGUCCGAGCGCGCACUGGGCGGCGAUGGAUAUGGCGGGUACGAAGUCACUGGGUUGUAG